CCGGGCGGGAGCGGGCGCCGGGGGUAUAAAGCAGCGAGGGCUCCGUUCCCGCCGUCCUCCACCUCGCCAUGCCGCGCGGCUUCCUCGUCAAGCGCAGCCGGCGUCCCGGCGGCUCCUACCGGGCGCGCCCCCGGGAGCGGGACCCGCCGCCCCCACCGCCGCCCGCCGCAUCCGAGGGCGGCCCCGCCGCUAGGCCGGGGGCGGAGGAGGAGGAGGAGGGCGAGGAGGAGGGGGGCAACGCUGCCGCCGCCCGCCCCGCGCCCGCGCCCGCCGCCGCGACGUGGGCCGGGGGCGCCGGGCUCGGUCAUCCGGAGGGUCCGUGCGGCGGCUGGGGGCCGUGCGGCGCGGCGGGGCCGCGGGCGGCGUUCUUCGAGCGGUGCCUGAGCUCCCCCGCCUCCGCCGAGUCCUUCCCGCUGGCCGCCGCCUUCCCGCCGCCCGAGAAGCCGCCGCCGCCGCCCCGCACGCCGCUGCCCGCGCCCCCGCCGCCGCCCGUCCCCGCGCUGAAGCGGCCGUCGCGGGCCAAGGCGCCGGCCAAGAAGGCGAAGGCCACGCGGAAGCUGAGCUUCGCCGACGAGGUGACCACCUCGCCCGUGCUGGGGCUGCGCAUCAAGGAGGAGGGUCCCGAGGGGCGGCCGGGCGCGGAGCCGCCGGGUGGCCGCACGCCGCUGGGCGAGUUCAUCUGCCAGCUGUGCAAGGAGCGCUACGCCGACCCGCUGGCGCUGGCCCAGCACCGCUGCUCCCGCAUCGUGCGCGUCGAGUACCGCUGCCCCGAGUGCCACAAGAUCUUCAGCUGCCCCGCCAACCUGGCCUCGCACCGCCGCUGGCACAAGCCGCGGCCCGGCCCCAGCGCCGAGGGUCCCGCCGCCGCCGCCGCCUCCGCUCCGCCGGGCAAGGAGAACAGCCCCGAGCGGCGGCCCCGCGCCGCCCCGCAGCCCCCGGCGCCCCGUCAGCACCUCGGCGGCGCGGACAGCGGCGCGGCGGCCCCCGGCGCGGAGUCGUUCUCGUGCCCGUGCUGCCAGAAGCGGUUCCGGCGCCAGGCCUACCUCCGCAAGCACCUGGGCACGCACGGCGCCCCGCGGCCCGCCCCCCUCGGGCCGCCCGAGCGCGGGCAGCUCUCCUUCGGCUGCCACCUGUGCGGCGCCCGCUUCCCCUCGGCGGACAUCAGGGACAAGCACCGGCUGUGGCACGCCGUGCGGGACGAGCUGCUGCUGCCGCCGCCGCCGCCCGGGCGGCCCGAGGGCGGCGGGGCGACGGGCGACGAGCGGCAGGGCUUCCCCUGCAAGCAGUGCCCCGCCACCUUCUUCAGCGCGCCCGGGCUGGCGCGGCACGCCAGCAAGUGCCACCCGGCGGAAGGCAGGCAGGUCCUGCUGCUCCAGGUGCCCGUCCGGCCGGGCUGUUAGCCCCACGGCCGCCCCGAGCCCGCGCUGUAAUUCCUAUGGAACGUCGCGGUCCGUGUCCGCGCGGCCGCGAGGCGGAGGGGCCGCGGCCCCGGGCGGGGCGGUACCGGGCUGCCUUCGGCCCGGGAGGGAGCGCGGCCGUACAGACGGUACUUAAAGAGAAGAAACAUUUUUUUCUUUUCGAGCGAAAGGAGCCCGACCCAGCGGCCUCGUUUCGAUAGCCUUAGCCCCCGAGCUUCACCACCGAAGUUAUUGUGAAGUGUUUCGUUCGCUGUAUUAUGUACCAAAUAGUCAGGAAGGUGAAUGUUCCCGUUCAGUCGGUGUCCGGUCACAUACUAGCUAGCAAAUCGUAUGGGAACCUUUUCGUGCUGUCCGCUUGCUAAGACGCGAGGUGUUGCUCUCCGUGCUAAGUACGCAUCUCCCGCUCCUUCCGUGUGUCCGCUCUCCGGCACGGUGCGCGCUGCUCCGGGGCUGCCGCGGGUUCCGGCUCCUGCCGGCCGCUGUCCCGCAGCCGGGCCGGGCCGCAGCCGCCGUGUUGCGGGGCGCCCCGUGCUUUGGCGUUGCCCUGCCCAGCGCUCCGACGCGCCGCGGCCCUCCGGCCCGAUGCCGGUGUGCCGGGCUGUAUUUCUUCGUUCGGUUGGUAAUUUAUUUAUUUAUUUAUUUUCACGCGGUGCCGCUUGUUUCCAAAUGUGAUCGCGGAUGAGGCCAAAAGUAAGGACGAGCGAAUUCAAUAAAUGGUCUAAAACAAAGCGAACGCCUUGCUUGAAUUCCGGGGGGAGAAGCAGGUCGUUCGGUGAGCGCCGAAGAGCCAAACAGAUGCCGGGCAGCCUUUGCUGCAGCGCUGGGAAAGGAGCACGCAGGGUAUUCCCAUCUUUUCAUUAACAGCGGUGAAUUCCCUAGUUCUGUAUGUUGUUGCACACGACAGAGCGCUCGCACGUAUCACGCCCGAGGGCUGAGAGCAAGGGAUAACGCUUCAUUUUAUGUGUGCUUUGAGGACUUUUCGUGUUUGGGUUCCAGGAUCUGGAGAACAGAAACCAUCCGGCAGCCCCGUCGGGCUGCUCUGUGCCGCCUGCCGAGGCCCCACCUGCAGCACGCCGUGCACUGUAACAGUGCCUCUGUCAGACCCUUGGUAGUAACAGGUUCGGCUAAAAGUGCCCGUUCAUGUCACUGAACUCAGUGUCACUGUGUGUCUUUAAACCAGCGUCCUCCUUUCUCUGCUUGUCUGAGCAAAGGGAUGGGGCUACAGACCCUGCGGACACAAUGAUUGCUGGUUGUUCCUACAGUCAGCAGCAGCGCCGGGCUGCACUUUGUGCUGCCGGGCACCGUGUUCCCCACAUCUGGGGCUGGGGAUCCCACACGUUCCUGUGGUGGAUGGGGAAGUGCCCCCAGAGCUGGCUCCCAGCCUGAGCCACCUGAUUCCAGUAGGAGUGGAAGCCCCACAUCCCUCGCAGCUGCUCCGUGUGCACUCUGCUGACCUUGUACAAACUGGAGCAGAAAUCUAACGGCUCAGGUGAAUGACUAAUACACAAAAGGUGGUAAGAAUAAUUUUAUUGUAUUAUUAAAUAGCAUGUCUUCUCUUCAACCAUUACAAAUUUGUAAAUACUACAUGAAUGACAAUACAUAAUUUAUAUUUUUACUGUUGCCCAUAUGAUAUAUUUACACAUGCAGUUAGUACCGAUGCCAUGCUACAUUUUGUUAACAGCAUUCUGUUGUUUGCCAGCCCCAAAAUGUGAGCAUCUCAUCUCCGGUAGGAAAAUAUCUCUGGAUGGGGGGAAUGCGUGUACGGAGCUGCUCUCGGGGCUCAAAUCAGCGGCACCGCAGGUCUGAUCCUGCAGCGUGUUCCCUUUGCUUCUGCAGUACACAGCAUCAGAGCAAUGAGUUUAGAUCAGGAAAGUGCUUUUUUUGUCGUUUGUUUGUUUUGAAGGAACAAUGACACACAUACAGCCCAGCAGCCUGGGGAGCAAGGCUAAAACUCAUGGAACUCAGUGGCACUGACUACUGAUACCACUUGGAAAAGCAAACGUUAUAAAAAUAUUUGGAAGCCAAGCAGAAGGAGAACCUCAACACAGUGAUUUUUUUAAUCUUUUCUGGCAUAGCUGAUGGCACCACCUGCACGGCUAUGACAUGACACACCGCCCUGUGAGGAAGGAGCACAAGUUGCUCUGUUUGGGCUCUGUGACGCCUGAAAGGCUGUUGGAUCAUUUCAUUCUUAACAUAAAUGAUCUGCGCGCAGGCUGUGUGUUAGCACUGUGACAUCUGACAGAGGUUUUACAAACACAACUCCAAUUCAAAACUGUACGUUCAUCUUUCAAAUUGUACGUAUUCCUUUCUUUGUUUGAGAGAAAACUGCAACGGGGCACAAUAAACAUGGUGUAACCAAACGGCAGUCUCCAAUUCUCAUGUCAUUCAGAUCAACCCAGAGCUAAAAAGGACUUCUGGGGAGGUGCGUCCACCACCCAGAGCAGCAACGGGUACAGGGGGCAGGCUGCACUAAAUAAAAAGAAAGGGAAAAAAUGUAAUAAAAUAAUAAUAAUAAUAAAAAAGACAGCCUGGAGUUUGAUUAAAAAAAACAAAAAGCAAACAAACAAACAACAAAAAAAAACCACAACUAAAAAAAUCCCACUAAAAUAUGAAAGUAAAAUUCCAGUGUCACUGUUUAAAACAAGCAGACA